AUUAUUUUAAAGUCUUUACGAAGAAGAGAAGAGGAACAGUAAAUCAUGAGAAGAAAGGCGAAGAGAAAAAAUUGCAUUUGAAUAGGAAGAAGGAGCACGAAAUUUUAAUCCAGGAAGCUAUAACACCUGAACUGAAACAACUUGUGGAGAAAACGGAAUCGACGCAGCCGGAUGAUCUCAAAGAUUCGAAAACGAAUAGUCAGAGGCUCUUCUCCCUAACGCGUGUCAUUUUCUAAACAGAUGCGUGUGCUUGGUGCGAUAUAUCGAAAGCACCAAAAUGACGUGGAUAAGCAUUGCAAAAUUAACAGUUCGGAAGAAACUCGUGAAGGUGUUGGGAGAAAUCAAAGUCGAGAAGAAGAACCGUCAACCCUGGUUGGUGUCGCAUCUAUUGAUCGUGACGAUGCUCCAUCUGCUGUCAGCCAAUUACGUAAUGCUAGUGUCAGGACAAAUUUGAUUUCAAAAAAACGCGGCCUAAGUAAAGGUAUUCGUACCAAACGGAAGUAUGUUAAAAAAAUGUAG